AUGCAGACUCAAACUCCCAUGCGCACAUACGCCCGCGCACAGACCAACGCACUGCAGUAUGCUGUCCCUGGCGGCCUCAUCGGCGUCGGCCUCACGGUCGACCCCACCCUCACGCGCGCGGACAGGCUCGUCGGGCAGGUGCUGGGUGAGGUGGGGAAGCUGCCCGAGGUGUUCAGCGAGCUGGAGAUCAACUUCUUCCUGCUGCGGCGGCUGCUGGGUGUGCGGAGCAAGGAGGGCGAGAAGCAGAGCAAGGUGACCAAGCUGUCCAAGGGGGAGGUGCUGAUGCUCAACAUCGGGUCCAUGUGCACGGGGGCGCGCGUGCUCGCGGUGAAGCACGAUCUCGCCAAGCUGCAGCUGACCACGCCGGUGUGCACCAAGGAGGGGGAGAAGGUCGCCCUCAGCCGCCGCGUGGAGAAGCACUGGCGCCUCAUCGGGUGGGGGCAGAUACAAAAGGGGCUCAAGAUGGACAUGCCGCCGCGGCCGGUCGACUGA